AUGCCAACAUAUGUCAAAUUUUUUAAGGACAUUUUGACGAAGAAAAGAAGAGUCAGUGAGACAGAAGUAAUCACGCUAACGCAUGAGUGCAACACGUUAGUAAGCAACAGUCUUCCAAAGAAGCAGAAGGACCCUGGGAGCUUCACGGUUCCUUGCCCGAUAGGAGGAUAUGAUGUGGGUCAUGUGUUGUGCGAUUUGGGAGCCAACAUCAAUCUCAUGCCACUUUCAAUUUUUAAGAAAUUGGGGAUUGGCGAAGCACAACCUACUUCUGUUACUCUUCAGCUCGCUGACAGAACAAUUAUGUACCCAAAAAGAAAGAUUGAAGACGUUCUUGUGAAGGUUGACAACUUCAUAUUCCCAACAGACUUUAUUAUCUUGGACUAUGAAGCAGAUAGGGAGAUACCAAUUAUUCUUGGACGCCCCUUCCUAGCUACUGGAAAGUUUCAAUUGAUGUGCAUAAAGGCAAAUUGA